GGGCGGAGCUUCCUCUUCAAGGCGGACUUAAACCAAGGCCCGCGGAGUACCUCGGGCGCAGUGCUCGUCCGGCUGUGCUGUUCGCGCUCUGUCCCCGCGCUGAGGCAAGCGCCUUUGCCACUGAGCUAAAUCCCCAGCCCUCAGGGGUGAUGGCAGCUUCGUGUGUCCUCCUGCACACCGGGCAGAAGAUGCCCCUGAUUGGUCUGGGUACCUGGAAGAGUGAGCCUGGCCAGGUAAAAGCGGCUAUCACGUAUGCCCUUAGUGUGGGCUACCGCCACAUUGACUGUGCUGCUGUCUACGGCAAUGAGCCUGAGAUUGGGGAAGCCCUGAAGGCAAACGUGGGACCAGGCAAGGCAGUGCCUCGGGAGGAAGUGUUUGUGACAUCCAAGCUGUGGAACACGAAGCACCACCCUGAGGAUGUGGAGCCUGCCCUCAGGAAGACCCUGGCUGACCUCCAGCUGGAGUAUCUGGAUCUGUAUCUGAUGCACUGGCCCUAUGCCUUUGAGCGAGGAGACAACCCCUUCCCCAAGAAUGCGGACGGGACUGUGCGCUACGAUUCCACCCACUACAAGGAGACCUGGAAGGCUCUAGAGGCCCUGGUGGCAAAGGGGCUGGUCCGAGCGCUGGGCCUGUCCAAUUUCAGCAGUCGGCAGAUCGAUGAUGUGCUCAGUGUGGCCUCCGUGCGCCCAGCUGUCUUGCAGGUGGAGAGCCAUCCGUACCUAGCUCAGAAGGAGCUGAUUGCCCACUGCCAGGCACGUGGCCUGGAGGUGACUGCCUAUAGCCCUCUGGGCUCCUCUGAUCGUGCCUGGCGCCACCCUGAUGAGCCUGUCCUGCUUGAGGAACCAUUGGUCUUGGCACUGGCUGAAAAGUAUGGCCGCUCUCCAGCUCAGAUCUUGCUCAGGUGGCAAGUUCAGCGGAAAGUAAUCUGCAUCCCCAAAAGUGUCACCCCAUCUCGUAUCCUUCAGAACAUCCAGGUGUUUGACUUCUCCUUCAGCCCAGAAGAGAUGAAGCAGCUAGAUGCCCUGAACAAAAACUGGCGCUACAUUGUACCCAUGAUUACGGUGGAUGGAAAGAGGGUCCCGAGAGAUGCAGGACACCCUCUGUAUCCGUUUAAUGACGCGUACUGAAGAAACCACAGCCUCCUGGCGUGCCUUUCACCUCUAGCUGUGAGGUCCGGCCUGCUGCUCCCCAGAAGAAGGGAGUGAAUAAAGCCGUUGGGGAAUCCAUA